AUGCUCAAUUCAACAACAGAAGAUUGUUAUAUUCCUGGAAAUUUUACAUCAAAAAUUGUUGAACGUUUUCCAUCACUUACUGAUAUUAAACUUCGAGUGUAUUCAUUUAAUGAACUUGUAUCUGCUGUUGAUAUAUUACUUUAUCAUUUAAAAAAUUUGUCUUAUCUUAAAAUUUAUUGUAGUUUAAUUCCAGUAUUCGAUGAUUAUUAUUGUCCUAGUUAUAUUAUUGAAAAACGUCGUCAAGCAUUUAAUUUAAAUAUUAUCGAUGAAUAUAAGGUUGUGGUUAAUAGAAGUGCAGGAUAUGUAGAAAUUAGAUUAUCAUGA